UAUUAAGAAUAGACACAGGAUUUGUUAAAAUACCACAACUAUUACAAUAGUGCCUAAAACUAGUUUUAUAAACUGCUUUAUCGAGGAUUUCGUGAACAAAUUUUUGGCAACAUUGGACACCCACAACUGUAAUAACAGUUGCAGUCUUGGUAUAAUAUAAAAUGACCGUAUUCUUUGUUGGUGUGGAUGUUGGAACAGGAAGUGUGAGAGCGGCUUUGGUGUCUAGUCAAGGAAACAUUGUAAAUGUUUCCGUGCAAAAUAUUCAAACAUGGAGUCCUCAAAAAGAUUUCUAUGAACAAUCUUCAGAUGACAUUUGGAAUUCGUGUGUCACCUGUAUUAAGGAAGUUGUUCGAGGCAUCGAUCCCGAAACCAUUAAAGGAAUAGGAUUUGACGCGACGUGCUCCUUAGUAGCGUUGGAUAAGGAAGGAAAUCCCUUAUCCGUUAGCCCAACAGGGAACCACCAACAAAAUAUUAUACUAUGGAUGGACCACCGCGCAUCAAAAGAGGCCGAAGAAAUUAACGCUUUAAAUUCUCCAAUUUUACGUUACGUUGGUGGGAAAAUAUCUCUGGAAAUGGAAACGCCAAAAUUGCUUUGGCUUAAAAAUCGUAUGAAGAAAGAGUGCUGGGAUAACGUGGGUCUAUUUUUCGAUUUGCCAGAUUUCUUGACGUGGAAAGCGACGGGAUCUGAAUCAAGGUCAUUGUGUUCGCUUGUGUGUAAGUGGACUUACGAAGCCAAGGAGGACUCGAACCCAGGUUGGCAUAGGAGUUACUUUCAGGAAAUUGGGCUAGGAGAUUUGGUGGAUGAUAAUUUCAGCAAAAUUGGUUCAAAAGUUUGUUCUCCGGGCAGCGCAGUUGGAGAUGGCCUAUCUAACAGUGUUGCUCUUACACUUGGUCUACGUGCGGGAACACCUGUGGGAACCUCGCUUAUCGAUGCACAUGCUGGAGGUCUUGGUUUAUUUGGUUGUUCCGCUGAUGGGAUCAAUUCCGAUUUUAAUUCCAGACUAGGUUUAAUCUGUGGGACAUCAACGUGUCAUAUGGCCGUUUCGGACCGACCAAUUUUUACACCAGGAGUCUGGGGGCCUUAUUACAGUGCUAUGGUUCCCGGUAUGUGGUUGAACGAAGGAGGUCAAAGUGCUACCGGCAAACUAUUAGACCACAUUAUAGAAACGCAUCCAGCUUAUGCUACCAUGAAAACAAAAAUUGGUGAUAUACAUGUGCAGCAAUAUCUUAGUGAUGUUUUGCGGCGGUUAGCCAAUGACAGAGGAUUAGAGUGUGUCGAUUUUUUGACAACUGAUGUUCACGUUUGGCCAGAUUUUCACGGGAAUAGAUCGCCUGUUGCUGAUCCAACUUUAAAGGGUGCUAUAUGCGGAUUAUCUCUUUCUGCCGACGAAGAAAAUUUGGCUGUAAUUUAUUUAGCUACAGUUCAAGCCGUUAGCUAUGGGACCCGACAUAUUUUAGAAACCCUGGCAAAAUCUGGACACAACGCUAUUUCGUCAAUUUUGAUCUGUGGAGGACUAUGUAAGAAUCCGUUAUUUAUUCAGACACAGGCAGACGUCGCGAACCUCCCCAUUGUGUUACCCCGCGAAAAGGAGUCGGUACUUUUAGGCUCUGCGAUUCUAGGCGCUUGUGCCGCCAAUUAUUUUAAAGAUAUUUCGGAUGCGAUUCGUUCAAUGGGUGGACGAGGUACUGUCAUUAAACCCAAUGUGCGAACUACCUCUUACCAUAAUAAGAAAUACAAAGUCUUUUUACGAAUGCUAGAAGAUCAAAUGCGUUACCGAGAAAUGAUGCAUUAACUAGUUUCAUUCGAAAUUUGUAGCAGCUGCUAAACGGUACUCUUGAUGUGAACGAAUAUCCGUUAUAUGGACUUGACCUGACUAAAAAAAUAAAAAUUAACCUUAUGUAACCUGAACUCACAUUGGCAGAUGUAAAUCUGUAUUGGUAGCGAUACAAGAAUAUUUUUAUAACCCGUUUUAAUAAAAAAAAUGUCAAACGUU